GCUCCGCCAUAAAGGGGCGGCGGGCGCGGCCCCGGGAGCCGAGCGUGGGAGCCCCGCUCGCCCGCAGCCGCCAGCGAGCCCAGGAACCCCCUCGUCAGGACUGCAGCCAUGGCCACCUCAGCGAGCUCCCACCUGAGCAAAGCCAUCAAGCACAUGUACAUGAAGCUGCCGCAGGGGGAGAAGGUCCAGGCCAUGUACAUCUGGAUCGACGGCACGGGGGAGCACCUCCGCUGCAAAACCCGCACGCUGGACCACGAGCCCAAGAGCCUGGAAGAUCUCCCUGAGUGGAAUUUUGAUGGCUCCAGCACCUACCAGUCCGAAGGCUCCAACAGUGACAUGUAUCUGCGACCUGCUGCCAUGUUUCGGGACCCUUUCCGCAAGGACCCCAACAAACUUGUUCUCUGUGAGGUCUUCAAAUACAACCGCCAGUCUGCAGACUCAAAUCUCCGGCACACCUGCAGGAGGAUUAUGGACAUGGUGUCCAACCAGCACCCCUGGUUUGGGAUGGAGCAGGAGUACACUCUCCUGGGGACAGAUGGACAUCCGUUUGGCUGGCCUUCCAAUGGCUUCCCUGGACCCCAAGGUCCGUAUUACUGUGGUGUGGGGGCAGACAAAGCCUAUGGCAGGGACAUUGUGGAGGCCCACUACCGAGCGUGCCUUUAUGCAGGCGUGAAGAUCGGAGGAACCAACGCAGAGGUGAUGCCAGCCCAGUGGGAGUUCCAGGUGGGACCAUGCGAAGGGAUUGAGAUGGGGGAUCACCUCUGGAUCGCGCGCUUCAUCCUGCACCGGGUGUGUGAGGACUUCGGGGUCGUGGUGUCCUUCGAUCCCAAACCCAUCCCUGGGAACUGGAACGGUGCUGGCUGCCACACCAACUUCAGCACCAAGAGCAUGAGGGAAGAAGGAGGUCUCAAGCACAUCGAGGAGGCCAUCGAGAAGCUGAGCAAGCGCCACCAGUACCACAUCCGUGCCUACGACCCCAAGGGGGGGCUGGACAAUGCCAGGCGCCUGACGGGCUUCCACGAGACGUCCAACAUCAACGAGUUCUCGGCCGGCGUGGCCAACCGCGGCGCCAGCAUCCGCAUCCCGCGCAACGUGGGCCACGAGAAGAAGGGCUACUUCGAGGACCGCCGGCCCUCGGCCAACUGCGACCCCUACGCCGUGACAGAGGCGCUGGUGCGCACGUGUCUCCUCAACGAAACCGGGGAUGAGCCUUUCGAGUACAAGAACUAAGCGAGAGAACGCCCCGCAGACACCACCUCCCCCCGCGCUCCCCGCCCCUAAACUUCCCUUCUAGAUGUAAUCCCGAGGGUACAAGAUAACAUGUUUCGUGUCUCCGUAACUCUUGUUGUCUUGAGGUGGGGAGGAGGGCAGGUUUAGUUUUAUCCGUGUCUGUUUGUCGUUGACUCUUCAGAAGACAGGAGGAGGAUGGGGUGUUAGAGAACUUUUAACCACUGUUCUAUUUUUUUGUCUAAUUCAUGUGUACAUCCGAUGGGAUCCAGUGGCUUCCAGGGACAGACUGCACACACAGAAAAGCCUGUAGGAGAGGAGAAAGCUUAAAACAGAGCCAGAUUUGGGGGGCCAGCCCUGCUGCUGGCUCCCUGCAGACUGAUGCCUCUCUAAGGUUGGUGCCUCUCUGUGGAGAAGGGAAGAUGGGAGCUGUGGUGACGGGAGCUGUGCGUGUGUGGGGACGUGACAGGGACAUCGUCGCCCUCCGGCCACUCUGAGGUUUCUGGGAAUCUUCUGGCAUUGAGCUCAGCAUAGGAGCAUUGAGGAUGACUCUUGAUUCUGUCACUGGAAGUCAACCGAUCUCUGGCUCAUAACACAGAGUGAAGUAGUAUUUUUCUAUUUAAAUAUAAAAACAGAAAAAAAAUUAUAUAUGAAAGUGUUUUUUUCUUGAAGAGAUGAUGUUCCAACGCCUCAUCCGCCGGAGCGGGCAGAGCUCUUGCGGGUGCUGUCGGAGGCCUCCAGGUGGGACUGAGGGUGAGCUUGGAGGGAGACUCGGAUGAGAUUUGUUCCAGCACGGAGUGGAGCUUGCAGGAGGGGGUUCCCAGAGCGGGGAGCCUGCAGAAGCAUUUGUCACUGUUACUCGGGUGGCCGUGACACGCUCAGAGUGGGAGGAAGGUGUCCUGAACCAAGAGUUGACUGGUCAACAGCGUUCUGGACAGAGCUGUGGCUGUGUCACUGUCCAGCAGGGCUAGCAUGUCACUAAAGCAGGGCUUUUGAUAAAGGUUUAAAAGAAAAAAAAAAAGAAAAGAAAAAAAAGAAGAGAAGUUUUAGAUUUUUUUUUUUUUUUCCAUGAUGUUCUUAGUUUCUCCAACUGAAUGGUUUUACAGAGACCGUUGAUGCCACUGUUGUGUCCUGGCUCUCUCGGGCUGCCUGCCAUCCAGCCAGGAUGAGAGCUAGGAGAAGGGAAGGGAGAGGCCACCUGUCCCUCCCAGCCAGCCCUGGCACCCCCAGCUCCUGCUGGGGGCUUCAAACGUUCCGGGAUUUUACACUUGGGUAUCUUGGAUGGUGCCAGUUAUAUUCCGUUGCAUUUGGACUUCUUCUGAAUAGGUUUUCUGUUUUUGUUUUUUUUUUUUUUUUUUUUUUGUAAUAAAAAAGAAAAGAACAAAUCCUUCAA